AAUUAUUCCCCACGGUAGUGUUCCACGUGGAUUGGGCUGUGAUCCCGGCCGGAAUCACUCUAACCAAACAAGCCCUUGCGCAACUUGUUUCCCCAAUUUAUUUUCUAGAGGUUGACAGAGGGGGGCAGCCAAGAUCCAAAUCUUCUGUAGCGACUUGAUCCGAUCUCCAGCCGACGCCGGCGACCAUGGCUCGCCGUCACCACCUCCUCCUCCUCCUCCCUCUCCUCGCGCUCGCCUUCUCCUUCGUCGCCGCCGCCCCUGAGGGACAGGGAGAUGCCGCCGCCUUCAUCGACGGCGCGUCGCACCGCUACCUGCGGGAUCAGCAGGGCGACCAGGCCACGUCGAUGUCACUUGAUGAAGUUUCCGCAGCUGUUUCUGUCUUGCUUGGUUUUGCACCACCUGCCAUGCUUCCCGCGCCUUCUUCUGCAAAGUUAAACGAGCUGCUACUCCCAAAGCCAUUUGACAGGCCUCGUGCUGUUUUCUUGAUGCAAAUUGAUGGGUCCCAUGACUCUGUCGAUAGCUUCGUAUCUGAUGCCGGUAGUAUUUACAAAACCAAGAUUGAUGUUGCAAAAAAUGCUGCUACAGGGCUUACAGAUAGGGAUGAAUUGAUUGUCAUUCGUUCAGAUGAAUCUUCUGGAUCAGAUGUUCUUGAUAAUGAACUCACCAACUUGGCAACCUGGUUGGAGGGAUCCUAUCAGAAGGCUGAUAGCAAAUUAAUCAUCCCAUUGAAGAGUGGAAACAGUCUUACUUUGCUCCUCAAUAAGGAAGUAGACGUUGAAUUUGCAUCCAGCUUGAUCUCCCUUCUCAAAACCAUCAAAAGGGGUAUUCAGGUUCACGAAGAUUUCUCAGGAGGCAUUGUGAGCCCUGCAGAGUUAUUAGUAUGCCACUUCACGGGCAUUAAGGCUCUGGAAGAUGAAUAUGGUUCCGCAGAAAUUGUCAAGCAGGGAGUGGAAGUAGUUCAAACAGCUCUCACCAAAGCAUUUGAUCAAUUGCAGGGAGCAUAUAAUGGGAAAAUUGUUGGGCUGGUAAUAUCCACCAAGGAGGCUUCAACAUCCUUGGCAUCCAUCAUCGAUGCACCGUCUUCAUUGCAUAUCUCAAGACGGCUUGCAGAAGCAUCUAAAACUAAUGCUACAGCUUCUAUAGCUGCUAUAUAUCUUGUUAGAUUGAGUCUUGCAUGGAUUACAGGGAUCAUCUUUCUUGUGUCAACUCUCAUUGGGAUUUGCCUGCUCAUGAACAUGCCGCUUACCAGGGACACGCUCCUCUAUUCGAAUGUCAAGAUGGAUUAGUUUGUGCUACAUAUGAAUUUUCGCACGAUGUCAUUGAAGUUGUCAACAGUCAUGCGUGUUUUUAUUCUUUGGACCUUGGGUUUACAAUAGGGACGCUGAGUGUGGGCUUGCUGCUCACCCAGUGCAGCAUAAAAAUACUCUGUUGCUAUGUGGACCCUUCAUUUAGAAUUGUACUGCCACUGCCUGCAUGGGCUUCUCUCGUUUCCCCGUAAAUAAAUAAAAAACAAUCGAGAGGAGUGUAUUUUGUUAAUAUCAGCGAAGAUUGUACUAUAUUGUUGUAAAAACCCAGUAUCUGAAUAAAUUCGCCACUUGGAUAUUCAUUGGGAUAGCUGUUGUCUUCA